AUGGGCAGGGUGCCGGUGAUCGUUGGGCUAAUUUGUUUACUGGCCAUUCUCGAAGUUCGUGCUCAGAACCCUGGAGAAUGCUUGGAUGAGCUCACUAAAAACAUCAAAGCUAACAAGUCCGUUUGUACAUCAACAGAGCAGUACUUGAACUGUGUGCUCAAAGAAGCCAAGUUGUACACUGUUAAUUUAACAGAUAGCCAAAUGCAGGAAAUGGCAAAAUUUUUAAAUUUCUCAGUAGUUAAAGCUGGAGUCAGUUGUGAUAUUAACUACAUGGCCAUUCUGGAGAAGCUUCGGCAGGUGGACGUGGCUUUCGCGCAUGCACCAAGCGAAAAUAAAGGUUAUGACCAGGCUGCAACAGUAGGAGAUUGCCUCAACAGCUUGUUUGAAUCAACUACGGGGGUCAGCAACCUGACUUGUCAACUGUUCGCCCCCAACGUGAAAUGCCUGGUCAGAACCACUGAGAUCUACAGGCGAAAGGUUGGAAGCAAAGAGUUUGAGAACAUCAACGACAGGCUCAAUAUGCUCUUUAGAGCGCUGGGCAUGGAUUGCCAAUUUGAUUUUCAAGCAGUUUCUGCAGAAGUGGCUAGCGAACAAGAGACCAAAAACUCAGAUCCUGGAUUUAGCUGUAGCCCACCUGUAAUGUUGGUUCUUCUGCUGCCUUGGAUUUAUUCUUUUUAUUCUUAG